CCAGUCACUUAGUGUCGAAAACUAAAGUAAGCAUGAAAGUAAUCACUCUUACCCUCUUGGCCCUCUUGGCUAUCGGAUGCCAGGCUUCCAAAUUGACCGAAACUUUGGCCAAGGUGGUGCCAAGUUUUCCCACUGGCUUUGUGAUCAAUGGCACCGAUGCGGAUCCCCACACCGCCCCCUACAUUGUGUCCCUGGCCACCAAGUUUGAGAAGCAUUCGCACAUCUGUGGAGGCACCAUCAUCAGCAAGGAUUGGAUCCUCACUGCCGCCCACUGUAUCUCGAAUCCUGUGGGAAUGAGCGCCAUUGCGGGUCUUCAUAAGCGUGCCGAGGUCGAUGAGCGUACUCAACAGCGUCUGAUUGACUUUGGACGUGUCCAUGAGUCGUAUACCGGAGGUGUUGGACCCUACGAUAUUGCCCUGUUGCACGUCAGCGAAUCCUUUGAGUUCAACAAGUGGGUAAUGCCCGCCACUCUGCCCAGUCGUGAGGAGAUCCAUGUUGGAGAGACCCAUCUGUAUGGCUGGGGACAGCCCAAGUCGUAUAUCUUCACCGCCGCCAAGACUCUGCAGACUGUGACCACCCAGAUUGUGCCCUUCGAGGAUUGCAAGGCUGUCCUGCCCGAUACUGCUCCACUUGAUAAGAGCAACAUUUGCUCCGACUCACUGGAGCAGAGCAUCUCCGCCUGCAACGGCGACUCUGGCGGUCCUCUGGUUGUGGAACGCGAGGGAACUCCCUCUCAAUUGAUUGGCAUUGUCUCCUGGGGCUACAUUCCCUGUGGAUUGGCCAAUCUGCCAUCGAUCUACACCCGUGUCUCCGCCUAUGUCGACUGGGUUGCCAAGAUCCAGAGUGCCUACUAUAUUCUCUUCUAAACUAAUAGAGGAAAUUCUUGUUCCUUUUAUUGAUAAUUUAAUAAACACGCUUGGCUUUAGUUAAGCACAGUUUUAUUAUAUAAAAUCAA